GCACCGUCACGUCUAGUCACAUGCCGUGCCGUGUGACGGGCCGCGUGCGUUACAUCCUUGCCUUUGCUUUUCGUCCUAUGUACGUUCUUUCUUCUACCCACAAGCUCGCUACGCGUUUGAGAUCUCUGGCGAGCUAUGACCUACUGCGACCGCUGUGAACGCUACUUUCCGCAUGAGCGUGCUCUCGAGCAACAUAAAGAAGACUCGGGCAAUCACCACAUCUGCAACCUCUGCAAUCUCGACUUUGGGGAGGUCCUUCUGCUGAAGCGGCACUGGGUUAUCUCGCCAAAACACAACUACUGCCAGAAAUGCAACGCCCACUUCACUCAUGAUGGCGACCUCAUGGACCACUGCGAGACCAUGCACAUUUGUUGUAGACUCUGCCGCAGGUUUUAUGACUCUGCGCUCGAGCUGCACGAACAUAAUCGCCAAUCUCACCAUUACUGCCCUGACUGCCGCCGCCUGUUCACGAGCGAGAGCAAUCUCCGCAGCCACUUGCGCUCGCGCGUGCACACGAACACGACACACCUCUGCCCAGGCAGAGACUGCGGUAGGAAGUUCAUCAGCAUGGCCGCGCUCAUCCUCCACUUCGAGUCGGGUACAUGCCCCUCCCGUAUCACUCGCGAGCAGUUCAACCGCGCCAUUGCCCAAUACGACAAACACCACAUCAUCACGAACCCCGCUAGGAUGAUCACGCACGGCGAGGGCGACGAGGGACGGUCGGUGGUGACGGUGGCGACGGAACGCGCGUGGAACGGGUCCGCGUACGAGUGCUGCAUAUGCCGCCGCGAAUUCCGCUCGCUGCAGGCGAUCGAUCAACACCUGGCCAGCCCCGCGCACGCGCAGAAGCAGUUCUUCUGCCCGCGUGACUUCGCGGAAUGCGGUGCAGAGUUUAAGGCGGCGAGUGCGCUCUGCCAGCACAUCGAGCGUGAGCAGUGCGGCGUUCGGCGGUUCAGGAGGCAGAUUGAGGCCCAUAUUGAGUGCUUGACGAGCAGCAUGAAGCGACUGGGCUUCUGAGCAUGUCCUGGCGUGGUGUCUAUGGGAUACCGGACGACUUGUCCCCUCGUAUUCGACUAUCGCAAUCGCUCACGGCGCCCUCAAUGUGUUGAUGCGCGCAAUUGCACGACCUACGGGCAUACUCCGCAGAGACGUCUUUACGACAAGGUUUGCUUAUUCCCCGUUAUGCUUGUCUUCGCUCGACCUACGAUACUUCCGGUGCCAUCAUAUGUAGCUUUCAUUCCCAGUGCAGCCCGGUGUAUUUGGUAUAGUAUAGAAACGUCUAGUAUUC